AUGGGUGGCAACGUGACCAAGGAUGAGUGGAUUGUAACCAGCCGAAUAGAUAAGUUUGAGGUAUGUUACAAGAAAAACAUAACCGGAAGCAAAGGCAUCUGGCGGGCUGAAAACGCCUUGGUUACUUCUCUCCCUCAAUUCGUCCUCCAACUAUUCCUCAUCAUUCUUAUCACUCGCAUUAUCUCGGUCCUCCUAAAGCCUUUGCGCCAACCUCGUAUAAUGGCUGAGAUUCUUGGUGGUGUGUUACUGGGAAAAUCUGGAUUUGGAGCCAUAGGUUUCUUUUUCAGCCACGUGUUUCCUUUUAAAAGCAUUGUGGCAUUAGAGACGGUGGCAAACUUGAGCGUGGUUUACUACAUGUUCCUUGUGGGCCUAGAGACAGACGUUAGCCUAAUACUACGCGCUGGGAAGAAGGCCUACUGUGUCGCCUUCGCUGGAAUUAUCUUUGCAUUCCCUGCUGGGUACGGCCUGUUUCAAUAUAUCCGACCUAAGCCAGACAUCCCAGGGAGUGGUUUGUUCUGGGCCAUCGGUCUCGCCUGCACCAACUUCCAAGAGCUGGCUCGAAUCCUCGCAGACGUGAAGCUUCUCCGGUCGGAGGUGGGACGGACGGCGUUGACUUCGUCCAUGAUCAGCGACUUAUCCUGUUGGGUUUUUCUGGUGCUAACACAGGCGGUACUGGAGAAGGGAAGGCAAAUUGCAGUGGUGGCCACCAUCGCGUUCAUGUUGUUCCUUGCAUUUGCAGUGCGUCCAGCUCUAAAAUGGGUGAUUCAGCGCGUAUCAAAAGAAGACAACUACAAUGAGUUCCAUGUAUGCUGUGUUCUGACGGGGGUAAUCCUGUGUGGAUUCAUCUCGGACGCAUGCGGCGCACACUCCAUUGCUGGGGCUUUCAUGUUGGGAGUUAUCAUGCCAAAAGGGGAGCUUAAAGAUACGGUAAUGGAGAGGGUAGAAGACUUUGUGUCCGGGUUCAUGAUGCCCCUCUUCUUCAUAAUCGUUGGGCUCAGAACCCAUAUUGACCAAAUCACCUUUGGCAUCACUGUCAGACACGCCAUUCUGAUAAUAGGCUUAGCUUGCGCACCCAAGAUUUUGAGCACUUGUCUCGUUUCUCUGUUCUUCAAAAUGUCAGCUCUUGACGGUCUGGCUCUUGGGCUACUUAUGACCACUAAAGGUUUAUUGUCUUUCAUUAUUCUUACCUCGGGGCGGACCAGAAAGGCUUUGGACAACCAAACGUUUACAGUGAUGGUGGUGGCAUUUUGGUUGAUGACGCUUGUGAUAGGGCCUAUCCUGGCUUGCACUUACAAGCGCACAAGGCGUGGCAAGCAAUGCAAGCGCAGGAACAUACAAAGCGCAAAGCAAGACAGCGAGUUUCUAAUCCUUGCAUGUGUUCAUUCCAUGCGCAAUGUAUCCGGAAUCAUCACCCUCCUCCAGGCUUCCAUUGCCAAUGGACUAUCCCCCGUUUGUAUCUUCGCCGUCCACCUAGUCGAACUCACCGGCCGUGCUUCAUCCAUGCUCAUUGUGCACGACACCUACGGCAAGUCUUCAGACAACAAGGGUACUAGUGCUGGGCGCAUAAGAGCUGCCCAUCCUGACAGCAUUUUGGGUGCCUUUGAGAGCUUAGAAAGCAAAAGCAAUGGCGUCAGCGUCCACCCUCUAACCGCUGUGUCCGCUUUUGACUCAAUGCAUGAAGACAUUUGCAGCCUUGCGGAGGACAAGCGCGUGAUCCUCAUACUCAUUCCCUUCCACAAACAACCCACCAUCGAUGGUGGAAUGGAGGAUUCCAACCCUGCUUUGAGAGGAGUCAACCAACACGUGUUGGCAAAUGCACCGUGCUCAGUUGGUAUCUUUGUCGACCGUGGACUUAGUACGUCAGUGAUGAUCAGAGAGUCUAACCAUGAGAAUAUACGCUUAGCUAUGCUAUUCAUUGGCGGUCGGGAUGACCAUGAGGCAUUAGCUUAUGCGUGGAAGCUGUCAGGAAACCCAGCUGUGAGGUUAGACGUAGUACGGUUUGUUCCAGGUGAUGACCAUUUGAACCCAACAAAUCACGACGACCAAGGAGACCACGACGACGACAAGGAAGAGAUUUUAGCUACUCCAAAAGAAAGUGAUAGAGAAAAGCAGCGGGAUGAUGAGUACAUAGCGGAGUUCAGGCAAAGUUCCAAUAGCAACCCCUCGAUUACAUAUAUGGAGAAGGUGGCGAAUAAUGGGGAAGAAACUUUGAAAACGAUAAGUAAUUUGGAGCAUGAAUAUGAUCUAUACAUAGUAGGAAGAAGGGAAGGAAUGGUGUCGCCGUUGACAUCUGGUUUGGCAGAGUGGAGUGACUUCCCAGAGCUUGGAGCUUUAGGGGACACAUUGGUGUCUUCCAGCUUUUCAUCAAAUGUAUCAGUCCUGAUAAUACAACAACAUGUUGGUGGUCGUGGCGGCGGCGGUAGUGGUGGUGAUGGAGGUGGUGGAGGAGGAGAGAAAACAGAGAAUGCUGAACGUCAGCACACUGGACAUCUUAAGGAGCAAUUCGGGCACAUGACUUGGCAGCCACCUCCGAAGGGUAAUGCUGAUAAGGAUCCCUUUGUUCACCGUGCAGGAGGCGAUUAUCACGAGGAUGAUGAUAGUUUUUGA